AUGUCUCCACCCUUUAAUGAAUUGGCUCGUGUACAGGAAUUCAUUAGUUUUGCUCAUAAACUUGGGGUUGGUUUUGAAGCUGCUUUCAUUAUUUCUUUGAAUGUUAGAGGUUCAGAGUUGUUCAAAUAUGCAAGAGAUAAUUUGUUCAUUGAUCUUGAAGAUGACUUGUCUGUUGCUUGUAGAUUAUGUGACUUUUAUCAAACUGGAGAGGUAUUUGACGAAAAUAUGCCUGAAAUGGAACAAUUUUUCGAUGAUGUUUUUGUUUGUGCACGUUCAUUAAUGGAGUCAACAAAGCUUCCAUAUCACAAUCUUUACAAUUUAGGGAGUAAUUAUCCCUCUGUGGAUAAUUUUAACGUUCAUCAUUUUAUUUAUCAUGUUCAAAUUGAUUUAAAAUGGAUACAACCGGCAAAAUCUUCAAAAUUUGUUCGUUCUGCAUUAGCACAUUCACUGUGUUCAAUUUAUGGGAAAGAUAAAGCAUUGACCUUUUUUCGUGAUGAAAUUUUUUCAACUUUAAAUUUUUACAACAGAUAUUACAAAUGUGUGAUUGACCAGGAAAGUGUAAUUCACGUGAGCGAAUAUUUUAAAACUCAAAAUUUCGGCAGAGCCAUUGCUUUUGAACUUUUACCGGAUAAAAAAGUUGCUUCAUUUAUCUGUGACAUUCCAUACACACACAGAAGUUCAGUUCCAUUUUAUAAGAUUUCCAUUUUCCAACUUGAUUUGGGCUCGGCUGUUGUUUCGGAUUUAAUUAAAAGUGGUGGAAAAGAUGAAGUAUCCUUUAAUAGGAUUACAAAAGAAAUGUUAUUUGUCAAUAAUUUUCAAAGUUAUCGUCCUGGUGAUUCUUAUUUGUCUUUAAUUGGUACACACGUAGGAAAAAAUGAGUUAUUAGAAUGGGCCAAAAAUCGUGUGAAAAGUAUUGCUGAUACUGAAAUUAAUUGGAAUGUUUUUCGCUGUUUGUUCGAGGAAACUUGUGCAUUGGUUUAUUUCGGUCCAGGAUUUAAAAUUCGCUCAAUUGAAAGGGAUGAUUCUUCAGGCAAUUUCACAUUAUGUGUUUACUGUGACAAAAACAAAAAUGAUUCUUCAUUUUUAUCUAAUAUUGAAAAUUUUCUAAAUGAUUACUGUUUAACAAUUUUCGAGUAUGAACCACUCAUAUUUAUUUUUGAUGAUAAUCUUUAUAUUGUAUUGAAUUCUCAAAAAGAUUUUGAAAAUAUUCUUGUUCAGCUUACAAGGAGUAUUUUGAAGGGGGAAGGAUUUAAGGUAAUAAAAAAUGGAUUAUUUGAAUAUUUGUUGUCAAAAUCCUUGCAUGAAUCAAACAAAAAUAAUAUAUAUCCUGGAACAUGCACAAUUUGCUUAAAUUAUUACGAAGGAAAUAAUUGUAUUAAAUUAUCGCUUUGCGGGCAUUUUUACUGUGAUACAUGUCUUCUUCAAUUGAUCGAAAGUUCUACAACUUUUCCACUUCGAUGCGCUCAUCAACAUUGCCAAUUUUUAGCAAUUAAUGAUAUUCGAAAAGUAUUCGGAAGAAGAUUUACAAAAAUACAGGAUUUGAAAACUUUUAUUUUACCACUUCUUCAACGAUCUCUCUAUUCUUUUGUUAAUAAUAAUGAUGAAUUUGUUUGGUGCAAAACUACAGGAUGUCAUUAUUUAAUAAAAGUUAAUAUAACUUGCCAAA